AUGGGGAAGAAGACUAAAAAAAUGUCUCAAAUUUUCUGCUGUACAUUAUUUGCGUUAAGUCUAUGGAUGAUUUCUUCUCCGGAUAGUCUAUCUUUUUAUAUCCAUAGUAACGGCAGUCCUGUUAUCAAGGUGCUAUUUCCUAAAGAGUUUUUGGACGUACAAUUAGGAAUAGCGUUAUCUCUUCUAGCUAUUUUCUUUUUCUUUAUAUCUUUCAUGGGAUUUUAUGGCGCUAUAUAUUGUUCACAGUUUCUCUUAUUUAUGUACUCAAUACUUGUGUUUCUACUUUUACUUUUGGAAUGUGCAAUUAUUUUCUACUUUACAUCAAAUUUAAUAGAGAAAGGUAUUCAAGUUGAAGACGGUCAAAUAACUCAUGCGUUGAGGCUCGCAUUUCAUUGUUGUGAUCAGAAUUAUACGUCUAGUGCAGACCAGAUUCUACCCCCAUGGUCGUGCUGUGGCGUGAAUGGAUAUCCAAACAAUUGUUCUGCAAAGAUGACGUAUACCAAGAAUUGUCAAGAAACUAUAACAAUAUGGCUUCAAAAGUACCAGGCGAGCAUAUAUGCGUCGGUGGCAGUUCUACAUGUGAUAUUGGCGUCCUGCUCUCUCCUGCGACGAGCGUAUAGUUCGUCUUUAUCGCACACCUAGCAUCAAGAAAGGAGUGGACGCACUCCUAGAAAACGUUCAGCGCGCGUCUCCCCCGACCCUGAUGGUGGAACUGAUGACAUGGUCAUGAUUGUAUUAGGAAAAGGUAGAAUGGGUUGGCAGAAACCUAACUAGAAAAUACUUCAAAAGAGAAGUUUAUAACUUAA